UUGAGUGGCUAUGCAGGGGCUGUGACGUUGCACAAAGCCUCUCUCUCACUCCUUUCUUGCUGCAUCACAACCGCCGCUAGUAGCUCCCUGGCUAUUUGCACUGACCGGGGGACAGGAUAAUCGCAUAGCUAAUUAGCAUAAUACUAACUCUAACGAUAACACUAGCUAACAUCACCACAACAGGAGUAAUCUACGGAAACGGUUUACAUUGAGCUAUCCCCUUGGAACCGCUGGGUCAUGGCCAGACAAGAUCAGGUCCUGCUCUUGGAGCCACAGCACGAACUGAAAUUCCGAGGUCCCUUCUCGGAUGUGGUCAACACCACCCUAAAGCUCGCCAACCCUACAGACAGGAAUGUGUGCUUCAAAGUCAAGACGACGGCCCCACGCCGUUACUGCGUCCGGCCGAACAGCGGCGUCCUCGACGCCGGCACCUCAAUCAACGUCUCAGUGAUGCUGCAGCCUUUCGACUACGACCCCAACGAGAAAAGCAAACACAAGUUCAUGGUGCAGUCCAUGCUGGCCCCACCUGAAAUGACAGACAUGGAGGGAGUGUGGAAGGAGGCAAAGCCAGAAGAGCUGAUGGACUCCAAACUGAGGUGUGUCUUUGAGCUGCCGGCGGAGAAUGAGAAAACGCACCAAGACCCGGAUGCCAACAAGAUGAUGUCGUCCAACCUGCUCAAGUCAGAGUCCUCCACACUGUCUAUGAAAUCCAUGAGCUCCACCCUGGACGACGGCGAGGUCAAGAAGGUCAUGGAGGAGUGUAAGAGGUUGCAGACGGAGGCACAGCGGCUACGGGAAGAGAACAAGCAGAUCAGGGAAGACGAUGGCCUGCGGAUGAGGAAGAGCAAUGUGUUGUCCUCCUCCCAGCACUCCUCCCACUCCAUGGUGAAGGAGGAGGGGCUGAGCCUGCGCACAGUGGCCCUCAUCGUGCUCUUCUUCGUGGUCGGAGUCAUCAUCGGCAAGUUGGUCUUGUAAGAGCAAGCGGCAAGCGAGAGACGGCCAACCGCAUGCUUUCGGGGGAUUGAAACAAACGGAUUUGGGAUUUUUUUUUAUUCAGAAAUGCCAUAUCAAUGGGGUAGUUUUGAAUCGUUCAUUUAUGUACAAAUAAAAAAAGAUACAAAUCAAAAGUCCAUGUUAUGAACAAACCAACGAGAGAAAAAACAACAACAACUUGUUACAAGAUCUCUUUAAUCAUAACAUAAUCAUUCUGGCCUACGCCACAGAUACAGUAGGAGGGAGUAAAAUGCAGAUCAUUGAUAGUCACUGAAGUGAAAGUGAAACACCGUG